UUGAAAUUGCAGACGCUGAAUGCGAUGUUUCGUAAUUUGUAUUUUCAUGAAUUAUAUUUAUCUCUUUUAUGUAAAAUGUAUGUAAAUUCUUAAGAAGUUUUAUCUGUGGAAUAUUAUAAGUCAUCUGAUUCAUUAACUACAAGGUUUUAAGAAUUAAUCUUUUCGAAGCUAAUGUCAACAGUUGCAGAACAUGUGCCUUUUCUGCAUUUAUGCAAAUUGUGCCAGAAGAUAUCUGAAAAGAAAGGGAGGGAUAAAAAGAAAACCUUAAGAGAUUUCAUUGAGAACUGGCGAAAUUUUCAUAACCAGCUUCAUAAAAAUGAUACUAACACAACUGAUUCAUUUUAUCCUGCACUUCGUCUCCUCUUACCCCAGAGUGAAAGGCAAAGAGCAGCAUAUGGCAUAAAAGAAUUUACUCUAGCCAAAUUGUUGAUUGAAAUAUUUUGCCUAGACAAAAAUGGUGUUGACGCUAAAAAACUUAUCAAUUAUCGAUCACCUAAAUCGGCACAUGCUGAAGCUGGUGAUUUUGCAAGUGUUGCUUAUUUUGUUCUUAAAAACAGAAGUCCAGAGAAAGGAACUUUGACAAUCCAUGACAUCAAUUAUUAUCUUGAUAGUAUAGCAUCAAAUAGUGCUGCCAAGAUGAAAGAUGAAAUGAAAGGCGAUCUUCUGCAUCUUUUGAGAAACACAUCUGCUAUUGAACAGAAGUGGCUAAUAAGAAUAAUACUAAAAGAUAUGAAAUUAGGAAUAAGUGAAAAUAGUGUUUUGAAUGCAUUUCAUCCUGAUGCCAAAGAUUUGUACAAUGUUACUAACAGUUUAGAAAAGGUAUGUACUAGUCUAAGAGAUCCUUCUGUACGACUUCAUGAAAUAGAAAUUAGCCUCUUCUCUCCAUUCCGACCAAUGUUAGCUGAAAUAGCACUGCCAAAUCAAGUAGAGGAACUGAUGCAGAAUAAAUCAUUUAUUGUUGAAACAAAAUAUGAUGGGGAGCGAUUACAACUUCACAAAGAUGGUGAUACAUACAUGUAUUUCUCCAGAGGAGGCCAUGACUGUACAGACACAUAUGGAAAUUCACCUUCAGUUGGGACUUUAACUCCUUACAUUAGUAAAUGCUUCAAACCUCAUAUCACUAGUUGUAUAUUAGAUGGGGAAAUUGUAAUUUACAGUAGCAAACUGAAUUGCAUUGUUUCUAAAGGAGAAAAUGCAGAAAUUCAAGCUAUGCAGCCAGAUGGAGAUUAUGGUCCUUGCUUUUGUGUCUUUGAUAUUUUAAUGGUCAAUGGGAAAGUGCUCAGCAAUCUUCCUUUGACUGAUAGAGUAAUCUAUAUAAAAGAUACAUUUACUCCUAUUGAAAAUAAGAUACGUUACACAGAGCAGAAAAUUUUCUCAAAAAAUGCUGAAGUUGUUGAUGAACUAAACAGUGCAAUAGAUAAUAGAUUAGAAGGUAUUGUUAUUAAGAAUCCAGAAUCUAUCUACAAACCAAACAUGCGUAAAGGAGGUGGUUGGCUGAAAGUAAAACCUGAUUAUAUUGAUAAUUUAAUGGAUGAACUUGAUCUUCUUAUAAUUGGUGGAUAUUUUGGAGAAGGUCGUAGAUCAAGUUACAUAUCUCACUUUUUAUUGGGUGUUGCAGUUCCUGACAGUAAUGGAGAUGAACCAAAAUGCUUCCAUUCUUUUUGUAAAGUUGGAUCUGGAUAUUCUUUAAAAGAACUGUAUGAACUAUCUGGUAAACUUGGUCAACACUGGGAAGCAUAUAAUCCAAAGAAAUCGCCCUCCUGUCUUGUGAUUGGAGGAGGCAGAAAAGAGCAACCAGACGUUUGGAUUGAACCUUCAAAAUCUCAGAUAGUUCAAGUAAAAGCUGCUGAGAUAGUCCGAAGCAGUUGUUUUACAACAAAUUAUACAUUACGUUUUCCAAGGGUUGAGAAAAUUCGCUAUGAUAAACCAUGGUACCAAUGCAUGACAACAACAGAAUUAGAGAAUCUGAGAAAUCUUGCUGAAGGAAGGCUUGCUACCCGAAAUAUUGUUGAAGAAGAGGAGGAACCAUCUCCAAAGAAGAAAAAAUUGCAAAAAGAAAAAAUGAUCACCAUUGCUCCUCAUUUCCGCCCUACCGACAUAAGUGAUGUUCAGCAGAUUUCAGAAUUAUUGAAAGACAAGGAGAUAUGUGUUAUGUCUGCAUCUCUGGAAAAUAAACAGCAGCUGGAAAGAAAAAUUGCUGAGUAUGGAGGAAAAUUUGUUCAAAAUCCUGGAAGCAGGACAUUUUGUGUUGUCUCUGAUAAAGUUACAGCUAAAGUUAGAAAUAUUAUCAGUACUAAUGCAUAUGAUGUUGUGACAUCUGAUUGGCUCAACCGAUGCUUUGAAGAGAAAACAUUGUUACCUUGGGUUCCUGAUGACCUUCUUCAUUCUACUGAGCAAACACGUGAAAAACUAAGUGAAUUCUUUGAUGCAUAUGGUGACAGUUACACACAAGAUGCCACUGUAGCUUCACUAAGCAAAGUUUUUAAUAAUAUAUCAAAGAAGCAAUGUCUGGCUGAAAGUAUUACAACACAAGAAAUUGCUGAAAUAGAAGAAAGUUAUUUUCCUGAAUCAUCACCCUUUGGCUUGUUUCGAAAGUGUCGAAUUUAUGUAAGUGGAGAAGGUAAUGAUACCACUUCUGUAGAACAUAAAGAAAGCAAAUUGAAACUUGUGUAUUUUCAACUAAAGCUUUAUGGUGCAGAUAUGUGCUCAGAUAUUGAUUCAUCUACUUCACAUGUUGUUAUUCAUUCCAGUGAAGCAAAUACUGUGAAAGAAUUGAAUUCCAUAUCUGCACAACGAAGGAAUGGAAGGUUUCACAUUGUUACAGAAAAGUGGGUGUCUGAUUGUAUAAAAGAAAAGAAGCUCUUGCAAGAACGAGGAUAUAUGCCACUUGCAACUGAUGAUUAAAUUAAUAACAACGUGGAAAUAAGUUACUUUAAAUGUCACUCUUAGCGCAGUUGUGAAAUUUUAAGGUCUGUCAUAUUAAAAAUUUGAUUCCUGAUCCCCCCCGAGCUAGCUGAAUGAUAGGAUCUGACUUUUUUCCAAAAGUUAUAAAGUGUUUGUUGAUUAUAAAAUAAAUAUGUAUAUUUUUGCUUUAAUGUAUGUAACUGCACUGUCUCUUAUUAAAAAUGCUUAACAGAAUUUUAAUUAUAAUCUGACUAUGAGUUUAGCAAUUUUUCCCCAAUCAUUUUAGCAUUGAUAUUUAUAUGUAUAUAGCAUCUCACAGAAGUGAUAGGAUAUUUUUAGUUUCUGAAAAUAUUAUAAAAAAUAAUUUGAAAAAAUAGCCAAAAUACAUACAAUACAUUAGUAUUACAAUACAUACAAAAAUACAUUAGCUGAAAUUACAAAAACAUGAUUUUCUUUGAAGUUUGUAUUUAUGCAGUUAUUUUUUUACAUUAAAUAUUUUUCCAAGAGUAAAAUAUUGAACUCAAAAUUGUUAUUUAUUAACAUUUUAUUAUUAUUUCUCUAAUUCUUCUGUAGUCUUCUUGUAUUACCAGUUUCAGUAAGAGCUUUAAAGAAAUAUUUUGUUUCAAAAUUGUACCUUCCAUCAUUCUGCCAAAUAUGUUUGAUCAGUCUUAUGGGAAUUAAAAACUACCAAAACUAAGCAUUUCAACAAUGAUUAAAUGAUAUUUUAGUAAUAUGCUUAAAAGUAUCCUUUAAAGGUAAGGUCUUGGUAAGUUUUGGAAUUAUUUUUAAAUUUUAAAUUUUUAUUCUGAUGAUUUUUAAUUUCACCAUAAUCAUACUGAUGGUGAUCCAAUAAACUGAGAUUAUGGUUUCAAAGAAUGUUAUAUGCCUCUUUCAUAAUUCUUCUGCUGUGUUCUGUAGGUGGAGCUAAGUUCAGUUUCUGAAAUUCUUUGAAUCUUCUCCGUACUGUAGUUUAACUAUCCUAACUAUAGCUUGCGAAUUUAGUUUCAGCAUUAUUCCUUUAUUUAGAAGUCUUACUUCUCAUAGAUUUUUAAAAACUGAAUUUGAAGGUCUUUCAUUAAUUUAGUUUUUCUUGCUUGCCACCCACCAUUAUAUCUAGUAGAUUGGAUUACGGUUUCAGUAGUGCUUCUGGAUUAACAAAUACUUCAUAUGACCAGUAAAAUUCUUCUGUAAGUUUGAGAGUAUGCAGUCUUUGACUAUUUUUAUGUUGUUGACAACAAUAGGCACAGCAUGGCUUUGAUGAUGUACCUUGAUAUAACUUCAUGGUCUCCCAAAUGCACUUUAAUAUUGAAUUUCGUAAAGAUUCGGAUAGUAGUUUUAUUAGUUCAAAAGUAUUAUAGCUUAACUAUUACAGCAGCUUUUCUAAUAAAUUUCUUUUUUUCUAGUUAUAAAUUAAGAGAUAAGUUAGAAUUUCUAACUAAAUAUAAAUUAGGAACUAAUAUAACUUAGGAACUUAGGAUAAUAACUUAGGAAGCAGCCAUGAUAAUGAAAUGUUGAAAUAACUCAAAUUCUAGGGCAACUUUAUUGAAAAAUUUGAAAAGAUGGCUUUUUUAAAUAUUGCUUUGAUAUGAAAUAACAUCAUAAGUUUCACAUGUUUUUAAAAAAUGAAGACUAGUAAACACACAUUUCUACUAAAACCAUAUUUUAUAUUUUAAAUUUUUAAAAAGUGCCCUUUUUAACUUUUUGAGACACUGCAAUUGCCAUUAUUACUGUAUACAUUCUAUUACCAUUUGCAUGUAUAAUUGUUUUAGAAGAGAAGAUGAAAGAGUCCUAGAAGAAAAUAAUGUAUGUAUGCAAUUACCAACAAUUAAUGAUUAUAAAUUAAUUCUUAUUUUAAAUACCUUUGCAAAGAUCUUUAAAAUGUUUCAUGAUUCACCAAAAUUAAUGUCACUAGUCCACAGUUUGGGAAACACUAAUUUAUAAUACAUUAAAAUUCAUAUUGUUUCUAACUUAAAUCAUUCCUUUCUGCCAAAUGCAUAAUGGCACUGAAAUUUUAAACUGUGUUUGUAAAAUAUGGAAAUAUGAUUGUAUUAUUGAUUUUUAUAUAAGAAGUAUUGUAUAUAUGACAGGUUUUAAAUAAAUUAUAUGUAAUUUUAAUUUAUUA